AUGUGGAAUGAAGCGCAAGCGCGUCGAGCCUACAAUGCCUAUGGUGUCGAUUUAAUUAGAACUGCAGGGCUACUCCUACGUACAACCCCUUCCGCCGUUUUCAGGGCCUCCAUACUCUUCCAACGCCUCCAAAGGUGUAUUAAUGCUAACUUUCGCUCCCGUUACCUAUCGUCUGAGGAAACGAAGUGGUUAAUCGAGGAAGCACGAGGGUCGUCUCCUGUGGAAGGGGGGAGUCUACAAGGUAGUUUGGCUGAAUAUUCUUCGAAGAACCAAAUUGGCUGUGCUUCAAGCGAUAAGGUAGAGUACUUGAUUCCAAACCAUGUUGGCCACGAAAUGGUUUCAGGCCUGAUGCCCCUGGCGGAUCUAUUUGCACCCCUUGAUUAUUGUGUUAGCCAUAUUAUUGACCACGAGGAUGUUGGGUUUCUUGCCGCUGCGUGUUUGCUUGUCGCGGUCAAAAUGGAGGAUCCGGGGAUUCGCAUUCGGCAUGUCGUGAACGUUUUCAUGCGGCUUAGCCAGCGCCGCUGUGGGAUCUCCUCAAUGAUUUACCUCAAGCCUCCCCCUGAGCGGUACGAGGACUUCAAGGCCUGUGUCGUUGAAGCGGAAGAGGUCCUCCUUCAGCAGAUCGGCUUCCAAACUUUCGUGGAGUGUCCACAUAAAUACGCGGUGAUCUUUCUCAACAUACUGGUCGAGGACAAGGCUUCGACAAAGGCCGAGAAUGGGGCCGCUUCGCCGGCCUUCACGAGCUGGCUUAGCAGAGCAAUCUCAUGGAUUAACGAUGCACCGCGCUGCGAGAUGCUAGCGCAGUUCCAGGCGAUCGAACUGGCGGCGUUCGCGAUUAAGUGGAGUUGCCCAGGGGGGAUCACGCUGCCGGAGCGAUGGAACGUCGCGCUUGGCGUCCCGGACGAUGUCCUGGAGCGAAUUCAAGCCGCGUAUGAGGGUUAUCUAGGGGGGGUUGAGGUUUCCUCAAAGGAGGAGCUGCACGCGAUCCGGGCCACUAUGCCAAAGGUAGAGUAUCGUACGAUAAUGGAAAAGAUUUUCGCGGCCCAACGCGAAUCCGACCUCGCACAGGGGGCCCGUCAAGGCAAUGAGGACCGGAAGGCUGAGGCUAGUGCAGGUCACCUCGCUGCGAGCGAGUACGACGAGAUGGAUUCGAAACUCGGAAAAAAGACCUCCGCUCCCGCAACUGCUUCGUUCGCGGCCCCCUCGAACUUGCCCGUGCAUCAUCAUCCUCCGGCUGUGGAAAGGUCAAACGGAGCCGACCUCCUCGGCGCGAUCGGUCUGCCGUAUCCUGAACCACCCGCGAUCGCGCACGAUCCAGGCGUACCCCUUCGUGUGUCGCCAAGGCCGCCUGAGAAUGAGGAAUCCGCAUCUUCGUCUUUUUCCGCCUCCGACGACGAGGAUGACUUCGAGUAUGAGGAUCUGCGGCAGGUUCAAAAGCAACGCCGCAAAGAAGCGGCGGAGGAGCUGCAUCGGAGGAACGUGGUGCGGUCCGAGGAACGGCACCGCAAAAAACACCGAAGCCCCGAUCGCCACCAAGAGCGCUCACAAGGCAGACGGCAUCACCACCAAAGCCGCCGCGCCGAUCGUUAUGGCGACGACCGCAAAGGACGAGAUCGUGAGCGCCGCGAUCGAGAUCGAGAUAGCGGUCGAGGAGGAGAUAAGGUGGGGAGGGGCGGGCGUCGCUACGACUUGAAGCGCGAUCACGUCAAGAGAGACGAUGAGCGAAGGAGACGACACUAG